AUGUCUGACUCAGAAAAUUUUUCAAAUGAUGAAAUAUUUUUUGAACAAGAAAGUGAAGAUGAAGAUGUUGAAGAAAUGGAAGGAAUGAUGAAGUCGUUGAAACCAUAUCUUUUUGAACCAGAAAUAGAUAUCUCUUCCUCUGAGUCAGCAGCUUCAGAUGAGGAAGAAUUUUUAGAUUUAACUAAUGAUGAAGUUUCAGCAGAAGAAAAGACAAGAACUGGAAAUACAGAGUGGUGCACCUGUGGAAAAUGUAAAGUAGAGCAAAGAGAUAUUGAUUGUUUGUGUUGCCAAGAAGUUGGGGCUUUGCAAGACAAAAUUGAACAGCAACUAUGUGUAACACAAUUAGACCAAUUUAAGACACUCUGUUUGAAUGCAGACGUUUUAAAAAAUGUUCUUGUUGGAUUACACGAAUCAAAAGGAGACCAUUUAGAAGAAAACAUAAAAAAUAGGUCAAUGCGAUAUGCUGCAUACAAACAGUUUACAUGGUGGCUGUACCAACAUUUGGGGAAAGGAAAUCGACGUGUUAUUCCGUCUUGUGCCUUGUGGGAAAUACGAAACUUAUAUCCAGAGCUUGAUAAUAAUUAUGUUCCUUACUCCGAAGGAAAGAAAGACUAA